AUGUCAGCAACGGUCACGGAGAACCCUGUCACAUCGACGAUCCAGCAAGACUACUUACACGACUACCAAAUUCGCCUCACGGGGGGGAUCGAGGAAGCAUUCGCCCGACGCAACGAGGACGCGCCGGCGCCAGCGGCCGAGUACCCGCCCGGAUGGUACGACCAGCAUCGUCAGGUUCCUCCUUAUAGACCCGUGAACAGGAAUUUGGACCUCGCGGACAGGCCGUGGGGUUCGAACGGCAUCGAGUCGACAUUCGUAUAUCUCAUGAUGAACGGCUGCUGGCUUCAAGGGAUUGCUAGCUGGCUCUGGAGGGGAACGGGCGAGAGAGUUAACAAGAGCUUUUUCAGAGCCAAAGUUGGUGGUGAGAUUUGA